AUGUCAGAUUAUAAAGUAGAAACAAUUGAAACAAAACCAUUUCAAGAUCAAAAACCUGGUACUUCUGGAUUAAGAAAAAAAGUAACUGUUUUCAAACAAGAUCAUUAUACUGAAAAUUUCAUUCAAUCUAUAUUAGAUGCUAUUCCUGAAGGAGCAGAAAAUUCAACCUUAGUAAUUGGAGGGGAUGGUAGAUAUUAUAAUGAUCAUGUUAUUCAAUUAAUUAUUGAAAUUGCUGCAGCAAAUAAAGUUAAAAAAAUAAUUGUUGGAGAAAAUGGUAUAUUAUCAACACCUGCUACUUCUCAUAUUAUUAGAAUUUUAAAAGCAACUGGUGGUAUUAUAUUAACUGCAAGUCAUAAUCCUGGUGGACCAAAAAAUGAUUUAGGUAUAAAAUAUAAUUUAGGUAAUGGAGGUCCUGCUCCAGAAUCAAUUACAAAUAAAAUUUAUGAAAUUUCUAAAACAUUAACUAAUUAUAAAAUUAUUAAAUUACCAAAAGUUGAUAUUUCUAAAGUUGGUGAACAAAAAAUUGGACCAAUUGAAGUUGAUGUAAUUGAUUCAACUAAAGAUUAUGUUGAAAUGUUAAAAGAUAUUUUUGAUUUUAAAUUAAUUAAAUCUUUUAUUGAUAAAGAAACUAAAAACGGUUUUAAAGUAUUAUUUGAUGCAUUAAAUGGUGUUACAGGACCUUAUGGUUAUAAAAUUUUUGUUGAAGAAUUGGGAUUACCAGAAUCUUCUAUACAAAAUUUUAAACCUUUAGAAGAUUUUGGUGGCUUACAUCCUGAUCCAAAUUUAACUUAUGCUUCUACAUUAGUUGAAAGAGUUGAUAAAGAAAAUAUUGCAUUUGGUGCUGCAUCAGAUGGUGAUGGUGAUAGAAAUAUGAUUUAUGGUGCUGGUACAUUUGUUUCACCAGGUGAUUCAGUUGCUAUUAUUUCAGAAUAUGCUGAUUCAAUUCCUUAUUUUAAAAAGGGAAUUUAUGGAUUAGCAAGAUCAAUGCCAACUUCAGGUGCAAUUGAUUUAGUUGCAAAAGAUAAAGGAUUACAUUGUUAUGAAGUACCAACUGGUUGGAAAUUUUUCUGUUCAUUAUUUGAUAAUAAUAAAUUAAGUAUAUGUGGAGAAGAAAGUUUUGGUACUGGAUCAAAUCAUAUAAGAGAAAAAGAUGGUUUAUGGGCUAUUGUUGCAUGGUUAAAUGUAUUAGCUGAAUAUAAUUUACAAAAUCCAGAAAGUGAAACAUCUAUUGAAAUUGUUCAAAAUAAAUUUUGGGAAAAAUAUGGUAGAACUUUUUUUACCAGAUACGAUUAUGAAAAUGUUUCAAGUGAAGGUGCAAAUGAUUUAGUUAAAUUAUUAACUAAAAUAGUUGAUGAAUCCAAACCAGGUGAUGAAUUAAAACCAGGUUAUAUUAUAAAAGAAGCAGGUAAUUUUUCAUAUACUGAUUUAGAUGGUUCAGUAUCAUCAAAUCAAGGAUUAUUUAUAAAAUUUGAAAAUGGUUUAAGAUUUAUUGUUAGAUUAUCAGGUACUGGUUCAUCAGGAGCAACAGUAAGAUUAUAUUUAGAAAAACAUUCAAAUGAUAAAUCAAUUUAUCAAACAAAAGUUGAUGAAUUUUUCAAAAAGGAUAUUGAAUUUGUAUUGAAUUUAUUAAAAUUUAAAGAAUAUUUGGGUAAAGAAGAACCAGAUGUUAAAACUUAA